AUGGUCUCACCACUUCUUGAAAUUCAAUUGAAACCAUACCAUAUUCCGUAUGUAGUUAGAAAAGGAUGGAAAACCAUACUGUUGGAAAGGUUUGUCGAUGAAAAUGAAAUCGAUUCACAAGACGAGCCAAUUUUGAUGCUAAGACGAAAUGUUGGAUUGGAUUUUCAAAGAGAACUUGAAAUAUUAAAUUCCGACCCAAAAUGUGCUCAAAUUCUUGCAAAAGAUGCACGUGAAAUGUUAAUAUCCGGACGAAUUCAGCUUAAAUUGGAAGACGCUUUGAAAAUUGCUGGAUUAGUUCUAUCAAUUGAACAUGGAGCAUUCGACACAAAAUUACAUGAUAUUCAAUUUGCGAGAAAUGAAAUUGAAGACAUAUUACCGGAAAAACUUUGCGAUCAAAUUACAGGCCGUAAAUUAUUCGGAAAAAUUAUCAAUAAAAAGGCAGCAGCUCAUCAGAUUCAAGCACUUCUUCUGGUCGCCAUUCGGCAAUUAUUGAAGCUCGAACUACUCGGAAUUCAACAAAAAAUCAUUCCCAAAUCAACACUAGAAAACUUUGCGUAG